GAUAAGAGACAGGAAGUGUCCAUUGUAAAGGACUGAAAUGAAAUGAAAUGAAAAUUUUCAGCAAUGACAGUCUGUCAUCUUCCUUAUUUAUUAAUUGCUCCCCCCUUCUCUAUAAAACAUCAUUUUCUUUCACUCUUAAUCUCACACACUUGCUUUCCAGGAACACCUUUCUGGGUUUCUUUUUCAUCACUGUCUCGUCUCCGUUUUCUUUCUUCUCCUCCACUGUUCAGUUAGCAUCUUGUUUUCUGCUUUUCGAGGUGAAAAUUACAUCCCACCACCAAGCAUUAUCAUUAUUAUUAGGGUUCUCCCAUGGACACCACAUCGGCUCUUCUCAUCCUAUCGGUUGUUGCCGCUUAUUUGCUUUGGUGGAAAGUCGUUUCCCGCUCGCUUACUGGUCCACGUGUUUGGCCCUUAUUGGGUAGUCUUCCUGGUCUCAUCGCAAACGCUAAUUGCAUGCAUGAUUGGAUUGCACAUAAUCUCCGCUCCAGUGCUGGCACGUACCAGACUUGCACGUGUGCAAUUCCCUUUCUUGCCCGGAAGCAGGGUCUCGUGACUGUCACGUGCCACCCUAAGAACGUAGAGCACAUCUUGAAGACUAGGUUUGACAAUUACCCCAAGGGCCCUACUUGGCAAGCCGCCUUUCAUGAUUUGCUCGGCGAUGGCAUCUUCAACUCUGAUGGCGACACGUGGCUCUUCCAGCGUAAGACUGCUGCACUGGAAUUCACCACCAGGACUCUGCGCCAAGCCAUGGCUAGAUGGGUUAGCCGAGCCAUUAAAAAUCGAUUUUGUCCAAUACUUGAGUCGGCUCAGCUCCUAGCCCAGCCGGUUGAUCUUCAAGACUUACUGCUCCGGCUCACUUUUGAUAACAUUUGUGGCUUGGCUUUCGGCAAGGAUCCCCAGACGCUAUCCCCGAAGCUUCCCGAGAACGGCUUCUCCGUAUCUUUUGACCGAGCCACGGAAGCCACGCUGCAGCGCUUUAUUUUGCCUGAAGCAGUGUGGAAGCUCAAGAAAUGGCUUCGGCUUGGAAUGGAAACGAGCUUGAGCCAGAGCCUCCAGCACAUUGACACAUAUUUGUCCGACAUCAUCAAUUCACGUAAGCUUGAGUUGCUGACUGCGCAAAACGGACUUGCCACUGGGAACCCGCACGAUGACCUGUUGUCCAGGUUCAUGAAGAAAAAGGAAUCUUACACGGACAAAUUCCUUCAGCAUGUGGCAUUGAAUUUUAUCCUAGCUGGAAGAGACACAUCAUCAGUUGCACUGAGCUGGUUCUUUUGGUUGAUGAGCCAGCACCCAAAAGUGGAAGAGAAAAUCCUCACCGAAAUUUGCAGCGUUCUAAUGGAAACACGUGGCAGCGACAUUUCAAAAUGGUUGGAGGAGCCAUUAGUGUUUGAAGAAGUUGAUCGAUUGAUAUACCUCAAGGCAGCUUUAUCUGAGACCUUAAGGCUAUACCCUUCAGUGCCACAGGACUCCAAGCAUGUGGUAGCUGAUGAUGUUUUGCCAACCGGAACUCAUGUUCCGGCAGGAUCAUCAAUAACAUACUCAAUAUAUGCCAUUGGUCGCAUGGAAUUUAUAUGGGGAGAUGACUGCUUAGAAUUCAAGCCAGAAAGGUGGUUAUCCAUGGAUGGUAAGAAAAUUGAGAUACAAGACUCAUAUAGAUUUGUGGCGUUUAAUGCAGGUCCAAGAAUUUGCUUGGGCAAAGAUUUGGCUUAUUUGCAAAUGAAGUCGAUUGCAGCCGCAGUGUUAUUGCGACACCGACUGUCAGUGGUGGCAGGCCACCGAGUGGAGCAAAAAAUGUCACUGACAUUGUUUAUGAAGUAUGGGCUGAUGAUGAAUGUGCACCCACGAGACCUAAGUCCUAUUGUAGAAAAUAUAAACAAUAGUAAAAACAAUUAUCAUUGCAAUGGGGCAGUUGCUUAAGGUGUCUGGUCGAUGCCUUCCAUCAAAUAAAAAGGUGAAAUUAAAUUUGUACGAUAUCACCUAAGAGUAAUUAGUCUCUAUAACUAUAUGAAAUGCAAAGAAUUAAAUUGAAAAUAUUAUCAUAUUAUAAUAAAUGUUUUGAGUCUGAUGUCUAUUAGUCUUGACAUGCUAUCCAUCCAUGAAUAUGAAAGAAUUAUUAAUAGAUGUUCAUUAGACAAA